AUGCCCAUGCUUCCGGUCGGCACCCACUUCCUAGCUCUGCUCCUAGCUUGCACCGUUGCCAUUCCCAGCAGCACGGACGCUGGUCAUGGCGAUGCAUCGUCUGCCGGGGCAAGCGUCGGUCGAUCGGCCGGGGGACUGGUGUCACGAUGGGUGCUGUUCGAAGGGGAACUCGGCGAAAACUUGGGCUGGCUGCUGGGCUCGUACGCCGACCUAGCUAGGGAGUUCGUCUACAAGAUAACGCCCACUGGAUUUCCCUGGGAUCCCUUAAUUGGUAUCUUCACUGGAUCGUCCGAUAUCAUCCAAGCACUGUUGGAGAUAGUCAAGUCCGAGGGCGGUAUCCUAGCGGUGUCACUGGUCCUUCUCCUCCUGGGUCUACUGCUUCCGAUCUCGGGCGUCUUUUUCUGUCUGUGCCGGUGCUGUGGCCACUGUGGGGCCGCGCGGCGCGAGGAGCGGAUCCGGGAAUUAGUGUGCAACACGGGAGUCGUCAUGGGCGCGUUCCUGCUGGUGUUCUCCCUCCUCGUCGUAGUGGCCAGUUGUUUCACCAUUCUAUCCGGCGAGCGACUGUCGCAGAGCGUCAUGCAUUUCGAGGGCAACGUCAAUGCCAUCAUGGACGACGUCGACAACUUUCAAGACGAUCUGAUAAGGGGAGUUGGCAACGUAAGCGACAUCAUUGACAACACCAUGGCAACAUUGGAAGAUGCCGAAAACGCAAUCUUCGGCCCUGUUGCGUCACAGUUUGGAAGCAUCUCAGGCCCACUGAACAGCACUGUUUCGCAGCUCAAUAACGAUUUGGCUGCUCCGCUGAUAUCACUCUCCGCGAUCAGUGGAAGUCUGGGAGGUACCAUCGCCCAACUCAAGACCGAUGGAUCGGCGUUUCAGACGGCGGUGAACGACGUGGCCUCCUCGCUCCAGACUUUCCUUACCGUUGACUGCAGCGGGAGCCUGCCAGACACGGUGGCCGGCGUCUGCGCCUUUAUUCCUGGUCACAGCCCGUUUGCUGGCUCGCUGUCCUUUUCCGUGUUGAAUGACUACGAUGUCUUGCCCGUGGUGGUGUAUACGGCCGUUCCAGGCCCAGCUUUGACCGCGAUCACCGAUCUGAUAUCAACGGGAGACACUGCGCUAAAUGAUGCGAAAUCGGCUGUGGGCAAUGCAAGCCAGGAUGUUUUUCAAGACGUUGGCGAUACAUUGGCCACAAUUGAGACGACCGUCACCACGGUAACAGAUGAAGUUGUGUCCGGACUGGAAGAGAGUCUAGGCGAGUCGCUCGAUACGCAAGCGUUUCGUGACCAGAUAGGAGGAUACGUGGACUUGGUCGAGGAUUAUGAUAUGUACAGUUACGUGGCUUUCAUGGUGUUUGCAUCUUUGGGAUUCGUCAUGUCUCUCCUCUGCCUGCUGGGACUACUUUUUGGCGCGUGCGGAUACGAUAGUUCCAGACGGCCCAGCCAGCGGAGUAACACGUCGGAGUGUGGCGGACAGUUCAUGGUCGGAUCCACUUGGUGGACGUUCGUCUUCGCCAUUUUGUUCUGCCUGCCGACGGCUGUUUGGUUUAUCAUCGGAGCCAACGUGACGCUGAUCUGCGACUCCAUGGAAGACCUCACCAUCAUGGACAAGUUGGUGGACAACCCCGUGUUGUGGAACGGAAACACGUUGUUGGACUCGCUCGUGCAGUUUGGCGAUUCGCCGCUGAAUCUCACCGCCCGCCAUUUCAUAGAAGAUUGCCAGGAAAACCAGACGUUGUAUGAGGCGUUUCAUCUCUCAUCCGCCGGUCUCUUAGACGCGGUAGACGGCGUGAAUAUUGAUGAGUUCAUGCCAUACGUGGAUACCUUCAGGUACAACAUGACGUCAACCAUCACCGGGUUCGACCUGCUGGCUGGGCCCACCGAUCUCACCCUACUCGUCUCGGCUCUUUCUGUGCCUGCCUUCCCUCUGAUUUCAAUGGUCCACUCCGUUGGUACGCUGAGAGGACUUACGGAGGCCGUGCCAGCACAAAGUGCCAUCAACGAUUUGAAUCUCUUCAUCAACAAGACAUGGGAGGCUUACGACGCUCAUGGGGCCUCUCAACCGGACUUCCAGCAACAAGUUGACUAUGCUACUGACAUCAUCACGGAGCUACAAAGCUUGGAAAAUAUGCAAAGCAACUUACUAGCUCUAAUGAUUACAUAUGCAAACCAGGUCACGUUCUUUGAAGCGACCUUUUACGAAGUUAAGAAUCUGACAAUCGAUGCUUUACCCAGUAUCGCCAGCGACUCUCAAGAUUUGCUGGAUCUGUCUUUGGACGCUGGCGACAUUGUCGAGACGUCACUGAAUUCUACUAUAGACGGACUUAUCGCAAACGCAGAGGAGCUUGUUACAGGGCCAAUUAAUAAGAUUGAGAACGAGGUUGGUCGCUGUGGAGUUGUUGCUGGCGCAUACGAAGCCAUCGUUGCUGAAGUCUGCGUGCAUUUUCUGACAGGAUUUAACGCCCUCUGGCUAUCCACCGGCAUCAUUUCCCUCUGCUGUCUCCCGAUCAUCGUUCUCACCGUGCGUCUGUCCAAGUAUGUUCGACGAGCUAAGCCAACAGAGGGCAGCAGAUACAGCGACAUGCCGCCGACUGCAGACGCUUGAACUUUGGCGGGAAAUUAUUCUGGACUCGUUGGGACAUUUUAUUUUGUUUAAAAGGCAUUCAUGAAUUUUUUUUUUUUAAAUAUAGGAUCAUCCAAACGUUUUUAUGAAAUAACUGCCACCAUAAUUAUUUUGCCACAAUUAUGUUAAACUCUAAAUUAUUCAAACAACAAAGUACAGACAAAAGUGUUUUUUUUUUUAAUUCUCUUAAAUAUUUCAUUACUACAGAAGUCUAAUUUGCAAUCUUCCGAUUGAAAAUGUAUUGAUCAAUUUAAUGCUAAAAUUUAAAGAAGUCUGAAUGUUGGAUUAACCAAAAAUCAUGCAUAUUUAAAUUUAACUGAGAAUUUAAGUCAUUUAUGGCAAAAAAGCAGCAGCAGCACAGCAAAUUAUGAUCUGAUCUUCCACAAAAUACGCCUUAUUUCAUUCAAUAAAUCGAAUUUGUCAACUCUCUUGGUUAUUGAAUAUAAAACUUUGAACAGAACAGAACACUGUCAAAUAGUAGUAGGCCUAUGACAAAAUAUAGUGAUUACUUUGAGCAGCAAAACCAUUCAAAACGAAGAGUAAAUAAUGGACGGUAUGGAAAUUAGGAGGGGGACCACAACAUUUCUUGCAACUUCUUAUGCAAUAAAAUAACACAUAUUACUCGACAUUCA